AUGCUUACCGGAUACCCACCAUUUCAAUCGAAGACCCAAGAAGAAAUAUAUAAGAAGGUUAGAAGCCUCACAUACGUAUGGCCCAAAGAUGGAGAUUGCCCCAAUCAUAUUCCCGACGAGGUCAAGGCCUUGGUGAGCUGCUGCCUUAAUCUUGACGAGAAAGAGCGCCCAGAACCCGACGAUAUCGUGGAGCACCAAUUCUUCAACAUGUAUCACGGAUGUAUACCCAAACGACUCGAUCCGAUAUGCAGACUUCAGAAACCGACAUGGCUUCGAUCGAUAGAGCCAAAAGGGGACUGCAUGACGUACGGCAAUGGGUUAGAUUAUGACGAGAAGUUUGCCAGCUAUGUCAAGGAUAUUGACGAUCCCAUUCUGCGCUACCGGACGUGUAAAGCAGCCUUUUACAGCUCUUGUGGUGUGGGCAGGAAACCGGACGGCUCGGCGCGAAAAUCGACCGGUCAGAACUCCUCGAAAUCAGCGUUUGCUGAGUGCUUGGCCGAGGAAGAGAAGGGUCUCCAGCCUUUGAUCCCUCUGCCGGAAGACAUUGUCUAUAGCUAUCCGCAUAUUUACAUGGGCGAUUGGAGCGCCCCGGACCCUGCUCCGAUGCGGAGGGAUGACUCUUCCUUGGACAGUAGUGUUCUGUCCGCCAAAAGCAACGUCACAACUCUCCGAACCACGUCAAUAUCUCAAUCACGCACGCAAGUCGCGCUGGCAGCGGCACAGCAGCGGCGGACCGAAUCUCAAAGCCACGCGGCCACGCUUCGCCAACAAGCGCUAACAGGCAAGACAACCGUGAGAAAAGUUCCUUCACUUUGCGAUCCACCGGUACCGACAAGCAAAGUGAUGCCCGACGUGCGGGACACAGGGCUCAAUUCAGCGCCUACCGGAGGCUUUGCUGACCGACCAAUUCGAACCAGGCGCGGUGCUGCCGCCUCAUACUCCGGUACUGGUUCAGUUCGGGGUCUAAACGCAGCACCCCCAACGUCCCAAGCCGGUGACGAGCUUGGUAUGUUGACCGUGGGAAAGACACGCUCUCAGUCCCGAAAACUAGAAGCCGCAGGCCACGAUGUGGCCCAGCCACUCCCAACGCUGAAAGAGCGGUCCGCAUCAACAGCCCUCGAAAGCCUGCCAUCUAGGCCGAGACAGCCAUCCGUGCGGUCAGCCGUUAAAGCCUCGAUGGAAAGUACGACCAGAAGGCCAGCUCCUGAAAAGAUUGCCGAACCUGAAGUAGUCCGCAAGGAAGAUCCUCCCCCACGGCCACGGCCCCAAUCUUAUCCUCAACCGAUCAGUCGGACUGGAAGCAAGGCUUCAUUGACGACUGCUAGUAAGCCGAGAUCGACUCUUGGUUUGCAUUCCCUUCUCCACUCGGAUGAUCCCUGCGAAAUAAUACCAGGUUCCUCGGUCGAUGAUGUGAAGAUGGAUUUACGCAAUAUGCUUUCUAACCUAGUACCUCACUCAUCUGCUCGACGGCGGGCAGCGUCACGCCGGGCCCCUCACGCAUAUGUCAUCAAGUGGGUCGACUAUACGAAUCGGUACGGAAUUGGGUACGUGCUGGACGAUGGUAGCGUUGGCUGUGUUUUCAAAGCCGAGAACGGACAGCCCGCUAGCGGCGUCGUGGUUCGAGAUGGUGAGAAGCACAUUCGGCGCAAAGCUCGAAGUCAGGAAAAGGCUGAUACCGAGUCCCGCCCUUAUUCUGAGGCUGAUCAGCUCGUCCCCCGUCAUGGGAAGGCCGUGGAGUUCUACGAGAAUUGUAGCAAUGAUCUUGUUGAAUGCCGCGGCGGGAUCCGCCGGGCUUUUAUCCCGCCCUCAUUGUUUGAGGUCAAAGGGUCUAGUGGAGGGGUCAAGGUCCGCACGGACUCUGGAGUCGACCGAGCUCGCGCCGACGCUGAAAAGAUUAAGCGCGUGAAGCUCGUGGACCAAUUCGGCAAAUAUAUGAUCGGGUCCCUGGGCCGACAUGGCGAGGAGGGGUUACUCGAUGAUCCGAUGACGGAUGGUUCACCUGGCCAGUUCGUCAAGUUCUACCAGCGAUUGGGCAAUGUUGGAGUCUGGGGCUUUGGAGAUGGAGCUUUCCAAUUCAACUUCCCUGAUCACACGAAGCUAGUACUGGCACCGGGGCGUACGAGGAACUCCUCUCCUUGGAUGGACUUUUACCACCUCUCGCCGUCUGCUGCCCGUUACCUCGCCACGAAGGGGAGGAUGCACCCUUCUGGAUUCGAUACCCGAGCCGUGGUCUCCGAUGAAGUGGCUACCUUCCUUAGUAUCGCUUAUGGCACGAGUACUAGCUUGUUGGAUGAGCGUAUCAAGGACGUCCUGGACGCAAACUCCUUCCUACAGAAAAUCAGCUUCAUUAAAGACGUGCUGAAAAACUGGAUCCGGCAGGGACGGCUGGGAGGACGACCGUCACACGAAAAGGUGGGGACUGAGAUGUUUUGGGAGGGCGCGCAGGAGCGCGUACAGUCGAGCAGUGGUGGAGGUAGCAAAUUUGUAUGGGUUACGGUGGGAGCGCCAGGAGGAGAUGGAGAGUACCGCUCCGUCUCGCUGAGAGACAAGAAGGGCACCAGCAGUAAUGGAGAAGUGGAUCAGGAGAUCGAAGCACUAAAGGAGCGACUGCGGCUAGCGGGCUUAUGA